AUGUCGGACUUUGGCUACGACAGCGAUAGCGUGAGUCCUCCUGAAUUUUCAGAGGCGGACUACCAGUUUCCACCAACACCAGACCUCCUUCAGAGCAACAACUCUUGGAACGCGCCUUCACCUACGCCGAGCUAUCCUCUCAUCUCUCCCACGGAGUCACUCUUCACAUUGCCGGACUUGGGUCACGUCGAAGAGUUGGCUGAGGAUGCUAAAGAUGGUGAUGGAUAUGUGGCAGAGUCAUGGACAAACCAAGCAGCAGUCACAACAGUAUCACGACCAACGUCAUAUUAUCCAGACUUGGCCAUGAUAGCACCAUGUCCGGUAACAUCACCUCUGUUCGAAUUCCACUCGCCGGCAUUCUCGGAGUUUACGGACCGCCCCAACCGACGAGCUCUUGUGGAUCACUUCUGCAACAUCCUCUCCCACCUAAUCGUAUUCCGGGAGGAGAGUGGGAAUCCGUUUCAACAGUUGGUGCUGCCACUGACACGACAGAGCUCGCCUGUACUAAACGCCAUUUUUGCUCUUGCCAGCGCCCAUCUGGAAUAUCGAGGGGUUCAAAAUGAUGAGCAUUCGCUCUUCUUCCACAAUCAGGCCAUCCAGGGACUCGGACGUCUAAUAGAGCAAAGUGCCAAGUCGAACCGGAAUGAAAUCCUGGCAACUAUUAUGCUGCUCAUCUACUAUGAAGUGCUGGUUCAAAGAGGACGAUCAAAUCUCGUAGAUGGUCACCUCAAGGGGGCACUCACCAUUAUGUGCACCAACCCCGAACCAUUAGACUCAACCAGCAUCUUUCUUGAACGGGCCUUCCGUUUCUACGAUGUAAUAGCCGCCCUCUCCAACGGCCGCGCCCCCCUCUCCGCCGCUCCCACCGCCGGCUGCCUCAUGCCCUUCCCGCCUCUCGGCGCCCCCAUCGCCUCACCCCUAUCCAACGUCGACACCCUCCUGGGCAUGGCCACCACUUUGUGGCCCAUAAUCCACCGACUCUCCAGCCUGGUCACCCUAAAAACGGACCUGCAAGCCGCCAUCUGGAGCAACGCCUCGGCCUCCAAAAUCUCCGUCUUGCGCACCGAACUCGAAUCAACAACCCAAGCCAUCGAAGCCGCCUUAUCACGCUGGCAACCCCAACUACCUCCAGGUUUCGUUCCAGAUGAACAAGAAGAAAUCGCUGAGAGCCGCAACAACCAGCCAGUUGACAUCAUCUCCCCCACCAUUGCCGAACGCAGCCGUCUCCACUCCAUCUGGCACAACGCCCUCGCCUAUCGCCACUCCGCCUUCGUCUACUUGUACAGAAGCGUACAGUGCUACCGGCGCAGCCACAGAGCUGUGCAAGAACAUACCCACCGGUCUCUGCUACACUGCGCUGCCACCGUAAAACAUGAGGGACCCAUGGGGGCAUUGCUGUGGCCGCUGUUUGUGGCGGCGUGCGAGGCUGUGACAACCGAGGAUAGAGGGUUGACGGAACAGGCGUUUGAGAAGGUCAGGAAGAGGCAGGGGAUGAGGAAUAUUGAGCGGGCGUGGGAGAUUGUGAGGGAGGUUUGGAGGAGGGCGGAUGAGGCUGAGGUUAAGUCAGGGACAGGGUGUGGGGUGGAAACGUCAACAGGGGAAGUAGAAGAAAUGGGAACUGGAGGGGACUUGUGGAGGCAAGUUAGCAGGGAGAUGGGGGUUAGUGUUGUUUUUGGGUAA